UUAACAUGUCCAUGGCCACUACAGAAGCAGGGUUUGACGAUCCUACCGAUUUCAAAACCACAAAGCUUCAAAUACUAGACGAGCAUUUGAGGUGUCCUAUAUGUAAAGAAUUGUUUAAUACAACCAUGAUACUCUCUACUUGCUCGCAUUCUUUUUGUGCUCUUUGUAUACGCCGCAGUCUUUCCACCGAACAAAAAUGCCCAAAGUGUCGAAAGGAAGCAGUAGAAAAAAACCUUAUUCAUAAUUAUGAUUUGGAUAACGUUGUCAGAUCCUGGAAAGACUCAAGGCAUCAUUUAUUGACACUCGAUAAAGAAGACACUAUGAAUGUAGAUCAAGUACCAUCAAAUCAAGUGGAAAGUAUUUCUAUUCAAGAUAGUGAAGACGAAUUUCAAAGUCAACCAUCUACAAGAAGAUCUACACGAUUAAGCUCACAGACCAAGCUUAAUUAUGCAGAACCCCAAUUACAGGAACAAAGCAUUAUGCAACCUCAAUUGCAACAUCCUCCACUGAAACCCGUUGCACCUCAGUCUCCAAAAGAAAUUGAGUUAAAUAGAACAUCAAUGGUUGUAUGUCCUAUAUGCCAACAACAAAUGGCAUUUGGAGUAUUGGAUAUUCAUGUAGAUCGAUGUUUAAAAGGGGAUAGAUCUAUUCCUGUCCUCAACUCAAAUGCUUCGGGUAGUAAUGCACCACCUACACACUCCCUGCCUAUAAUGAGAAAAAAAGCAUCAGUAAAUUUAGGACCAAAGCCUAUCAAACAAGUAUUUGGUGUCAUGAAGGACAAAGAAAUCAAAGCGCUUUUAAGAUCAUUGAAUUUACCAGAUCAUGGUGAUAGAAAACAAAUGAUGUGGAGACACACAGAAUAUGUAACGAUGUGGAAUGCAAACAAUGAUUCUGAAAAUCCAGUUAGUGCCCAUGUCUUAAUACAAAGAUUGCAGAAAAUGGAGAGCUCCAUGUUGGCUGAAAAGAACAACCAACUCAAGCGUAAAAAUGAAGAUUUGAAUUCGCAUAAGCAGCACUAUAAAGAUGACUAUGUUCGCCUCAUUGAAGAUGUUAAACGAAGAAAAUAAGCCAUGUAUAUAUAUACGAUUUUAGACAUUAUAUGAUACCAUUUGAAUAAAACAUGCUAUUGGAUUUUGCAGGUUACCAAACCUAAAAAAAAAA